CCCCUUGGUCACGUGAUCAAAACAGGAAGCAGAUCGCUCAGGUCAAGCUACUCGGUGUAGUUUGAGAACGCAGCAGAGCUUUUCUAUAUGAAAAAGAGGUGUCAGUUGUGUUGUAUUUGUUCAGCUAUGGCUAUUAUCUUCCUCGUAAUGUUCGUGAUGUAUAGCACCUUAAAUUCCCAGUAUUUAGCAUCGGGACAUAAAAGGGACGUCAAUACUGUCGGAAGAUCCCUCUACAAGCUGGAUGUCUCAUGGCCCAAAUAUUCGGAGCAUUUCACCGGAGAGGUUUUCGGAGUGGCUGUAAACCAUCAGGCUGGCCUAGUGUACGUAGCGCAGAGAGGUGAGAAUAUCCCCAAAGUGCUGGUGUUUAGCACAGAUGGGGAAUUCCUGCAUGCCUGGAACACCAGCACACUAGAGAUGCCCCAUGGUAUUUUCUUGGCCAAUGCUUCAAGUGCACCCUCUGUGUGGAUCACUGAUGUAGGGAAAGGACCCUAUGGACACACUGUAAAGCAGUAUUCUCCCUCAGGGAAGCUGCUUCAGGUACUAGGAACAGCAGGGAAACCCGGCCCUGGUCUCAUUCCACUACAGUUUGACCAGCCUGCUGAGAUUUUUGUCCAUGACUCUACCAGAGAGAUUUACAUUGUGGAUGGAGAUGGAGGAAUGAACAACCGGCUCAUCAAACUGUCUCAAGACCUACAGAUGGUAUGGAUGCAUGGUGAGAAAGGUGAGGGACUCUCGCAAUUCUACAUCCCUCACAGUGUGGCUGUCGAUAACUUUCAGAGGGUGUGGGUUGCGGACCGAGGAAACAAGCGGAUUCAAGUGUUUAACUCUGUGACAGGGGACUGGCUGGGCUCAUGGGGAAGCUGCUUCACAGACGAUGCCCCCUACUCCGUGAGGUUUACCCCUGACCAGAAGUACCUAGUGGUUGCACAGAUAAACACUAACCGUGUCACUCUGCUCGAGGCGCCACCUGUAGGAAUUAUCGGCCAGUGUAAAGUGGUGAGUUCCAUCCAGUUGGCUGACGACGUUAAACCUCACCUGGUGGACUUGGAUCAGAAAACCGGUGCACUUUACGUGGCAGAGAUCGGUGCGAAGCAGGCUCAAAAGUUCGUUCCGAUCACAUUCACAAAUGGUGUCCUUUAAAUGGAAGACUUCACCUGCUCAGAGUGGAAGAGGUGUGAGUGAAGGGAACACAAGAUGAUAUAAUAUUGUUUAGAUUCAUUUUUAAUAAAGGUGUAAACCCUUUGAUAUUUGGGUUUUGUUUCAUUUUUGUUAUAUUUGUUUGAUCUUUUUUUAAGCCGAAAAUCUUUAUUAUUAUUAUUAUUAUUAUUAUUAAUUAUUAUUAUUAGAUAAUAAGAACACCUUGGUUGUAGUUAUAUGUAAUAAUGCUGGUGUCUAUGUAGCACAAAUAUUUUUUUUAAUUAAAAGUUUUUCAUUUGUUAUGAAUUCAUGCAUAUAUUUUCUGACCUGUAAGCAUGCAUGCAUACAUCUUGCUCGGUGUUGAUGUUUUUUAAUGUGACUAAUUGUGUUUGCUAUUCUUUUUGUAAGAAUCCAUUCUGUAUAAGGCUUUACCUCGUAACAAAUUAAUGCCAAUGUUGAUGUCUGCUGUCAUUCUUGUUUGUACAAUAUGGAUCAACUUGCAAUUACACAACUGAUUUUUAUUCAUCUAUUAUUUUUGUAUAACUUUCAAAACCUUUGAAAGCAAAUAAGUGUUUUUUGUUAUGCAUCGAUGAAAUUCACUUGGAGUUGGCUAAUUUUUUCCUAAAAUACUCUAUAUGGACAAACAUUUCUGGACACCUGACCUUAAGAUUUGUAGUUUAUUUUUUUUUUAGAAUAUCCCAUUCCCUAUUUAGCACCCAUUUGCUGUUAUAAUAAUCUCGGCUCUUCUGGGCUUUAGUAACUGUGGCUGUGCCCUACUUAUGUAGGGUGAGGAGGUCUAGAGUGCAGUUCCAAUUCAUCCCAGAGGUUGUUCAGUAGGGUUGAGGUCAGAGCUCUAUAGCAGGUCAGUCAAGAUCUAAAAGGUCAGUCAACACUAAAUCAUGUACAGUAUGUCUUCUUGGAGCUUGCUUUGUGCACAGGAACUUUGUCUCCUAGCUCAAGUGAAGGGGAAAUGUAAUGCUAUCCUGUACAAUUGUGUGCACCAGUUUUAUAGUAACAAUUUUGGGGAAGAACCACAUAUGUCUGGGAAAAGUCCCAGUAUGCUUGUCCAUAUAGUGUUAAUUUAUUAUUAUAUAUUUUUUUGUUAAUUAAAUGGACACAAAUUUCAUUCCAAAGUUUAAAAAUCAAAACUGUAAAAAAUAAUUAUAAUUAGUAUAGUGUUAAUGAUCACAUCUAUAAAUAUUAUUAUGGAUUGAUAUUGUAUUUAUUUUUUUAUUUUUUUGUAAGUGUUAAUGUUUACAUUUAUAAUGUGAAUCAAUCAAUGAAUCACUCUAGUAAAAGAUGAAAGGUUCAGGGGCAACAUGCCCAGACUACAUGAAGAAACUGUCAUUUUGUCUUUACUGGAAAGUAACCAUUGUCAGAUUAAAUCAUUAUUUUCAAACCA